AUGGGUAACAUAAUACCCUUUAAAACUUUUGAAGAAAAGGAUACAAAAACAAAAGAUUUAAUUGAUGAUCAAAAGUAUCUAAAUAUUGAUAAUCCAAAAGAUGUAGUUAGCACAAUGAAACAGCAUAUAUCGAUUAAAAACAAUAGUAGUAAGGAGCAAAAUGAAAAUAAUAUAAAACAUGAAUUAGAAAAAAUAAAAAAUGAAAACUUUUAUUUAUUUGAUGAUAGUUUAGACUCAAAUAAUAUGAAACAUCCUUGUCAUGCUCAGUGGUUUUUGUUCUGGGUUUUUGCAUCAUAUUUGAAUGAAAAGUUUUCAGACACUGAGAAGGAAAAUGUUCAUGCCUUUUAUUCCAACUUUCCCGAACAAUGCAUAAGAGGAAAAGGUAAAAACUGUUUUUCAGAUUUCUUAAAAAUAUAUCCAAUUAGGGCGGGGACGAGAGAAGAAUUAAUGAUGUGGUUACAAAUGUGUGAAAAUUAUUGUAGGAAAAAAGCAGACUUACCUGUAAAAGUUUUUAAUUAUGGAAAGUUAUUAAAAAGAUGGAGAUAUGAUGAUGAUUAUAUUUAA